AUGGAAAGUAAGAAUUACAGUACGGUGACAGAGUUCAUUCUUCUCGGACUGUCCAGUGACACCAGCAAUCAAGUCUUAUUCUUCAUUAUCAUUCUCGUUGUAUACGCAACUUCAUUAGCUGCAAAUAUUCUUCUAAUCCUGGCUGUGAUCUUCGAUCAUCGUCUUCAUAACCCAAUGUAUUUCUUCCUCAUUAAUUUGUCACUCGUUAAUCUUGGAGGCCCCACAGUCACCAUUCCAAAGAUGCUUGCCAACUUCUUUUCAGGGAAAAAAAGUAUAUCAUUCACGGGCUGUGCAAGCCAGAUUUUUUUUUAUCUUCUCUUGGGAGGAAGUGAAUGCCUUCUUCUGGUCUUCAUGGCUUAUGAUCGUUUUGUUGCAAUCUGUGACCCUCUGCACUAUACCACAGUUAUGAGCAAAUCAGCUUGUGCCUGGAUGAUCACUGUUACGUGGACGGCAAACUGUGUCAUGUCAUCAAUUGAUAUAUUCUUUCUGUGUACCUUAAUAUUCUGUGGCCCUAAUGUAAUUAACCAUUUUUUUUGUGAAAUCCCUUCUCUUAUGCACCUGGCCUGCAGUGAUACAUCUAUAAAUGAUGUCCUGAGAUUGGGUGGGAGCGCCAUUCUCCUGCUGGUACCACCCAUUCUCAUUCUAUUGUCUUAUGUUAAAAUAAUAAUUUCAAUAAUAAGAAUCCAGUCUGGAAGGUACAAAGUAUUCUCCACUUGUUUUUCACACCUGACUGUUGUAGUCCUGUUCUAUGCGACGGUAACGUUUAUGUAUGUGAGACCACGAAGUUCAGAAGCAGAUAACACCGACAAAAUCAUGUCUGUAUUUUGUACUAUUAUCACUCCACUGUUAAACCCAUUAAUUUAUAGUCUGAGAAAUAAAGAUGUACUCAGAGCCAUGAGGCACUUGGGAAGACGGAAAUAA